AUGUUGGAAAGGUUCGUGGGCCCGCACUACCGCCAGCUGGCCAGAAACUGGUUACCCACAGUGGGCAUGUGGGGCACCAUGGGAGCCAUGGGGCUGGUGUGGGCCACUGACUGGCGGCUGAUUCCGGACUGGGUGCCCUACAUCAGCGGCAAGUUCAAGAAGGACGAUUAA